AACGUGUGUGGUUCUAGUUCGCUUGCCAUUAUGUCUCUGAAAGGUUUGGUGACCAUCGUCUUCGCUGGAUGCUGGCUUUUGUGCAUGUUCUGUUUGACGACAGAUGCAUAUGGGCCAAUGAACCAUGCCUGCUGCGUCAAGUACACUCGUACACCACUUGAUUUCAAUCUGAUCAAAGGUUUCGCGGAGCAGAGCUCCCGCGAGGUAUGCCGCAUCGACGCCAUCAUAUUCCUUACAAAACGUAACAAGAAAGUGUGCGCAAGUGCAAAGGACGAGUGGGUGCGGAACGUCCUAGGACGUCUGAGCGCUAAAAUGAAAAAAAUCUCUCAGCAGCUUCCUAACCGUACCUCAGCUUGGGAUACCACCACAAGCCAGUGAACAUCUCUUCAUGUGACUAUCUUCUUCUACAAGCCGCAAUAUUUUAGACUCUUUUUUUUUUUUUUGCUAAAUGCUAUUGUUAAUCUUUAUUAUAUGUUGUCCAAACAUAAUCCAAACAACCAAUAAAAGAUUAUACCUAUAAAAUGUUAACCUUUUCAAGUUUUAUGACAGAACCAGGUAUUAUUGGCUUUAGCUCUAACAUCUGUAACAGUGAGGAGAAUUUCUACAACCAAAUAUACAUACUUGCUGUUGUUCUCAAUUAAUUACAGAAUAAAACAAAUAUCUGAGACAAUCAUGUUUUGUAUACAGUCUACAAUAUAAUCAUAUAAUGUAUACAGUAUAUUGUCCUUUAAUCCACUGCCUGUAUCUUUAACCAAAGCCAGUAGCUUCACAAUAAAAUUUAAUUAAAUCAGAAA